AUGUACUAUAAAGUGGCUGAUCAAAUCAAAGCGGAACAUGCGUACUUUGUCAACAAUUGUGAAGACAACGGUGAAUCAUUCUCCUACAGUUUGUCAAAGUUCCAACACGAGGAUAGAGUGUACAACGUUCAUUACCACCCACAAGAGGAGACAUUCACCUGUCACUGCUUGCUUUUUGAGACAGACGGCUAUCCGUGUAGACAUAUUUGGGCCGUAAUGAAAUACCGUCAUAUGAAGAUAGUACCACAGUCUCUCCUGCUGAAACGGUGGAGUAAGAAUGCAAAAGCAGACCUCCCCCUCGAACUAAAGCAACACUCCACAGAAAAGCAACAGUUAUUUGAAAUGGCUAGGCAGGCAUCCCUCGCUUUGGAUACAAACUUGUUGAGCUAUUACGCUUCCAAGUCUGAGCAAUCUUACACCAAAGCGAAACAAGAAGUGGCAACACUAACUGCAAUGUUCAAGGAUGCAGUUCCAUUGGAAUCAAACACCGUCAUGCCAUCCAACGACGCCUUCGAUAUCUGUGCUUCUGCAGACGCUCCACCAAGCAGGAAGAAGUCGAGCAGAAAAAACCUUGUAGAAGGUAGUGGGGAGCCUUCAAGAAAAAGAGCUCGACCAGAGGACCCUCCAACUCCCAUUCCUUCUAAAUCAACUCCUCCUCCUCCUCCUCAUACUGCUCCUUCAACUGACUAG